AUGAUCGGGGCUCUGGCACCCUAUCUCGGCCGGAUCCGCCGUUCCUAUCAGUCCAAUGAUAUAAUUGACAGACUCAAUUAUCAGUAUACGGCGGUCAUGAUAAUGCUGGCAGCCUUCACUCUGACAGCUACUCAAUAUGUUGGUAAGCCCAUUCAAUGCUGGGUCCCUCCAGAAUUUACAGGAGCAUGGGAAAAGUAAGGAUUUAUGAUGCAAUCGAGGUUCGGGAUGACAAUUCUUUUGGAUUUCUUUCAAAAACUCUUUCCUUUCACGUUGGAAUUUGUCUGUGGCGAAAGUCCUUCCAUGAAAAUUUCAUGUUAUUAACCUCCUUUCACACUUCUGCAUAUAAUUUUCAUCACUUUUUGCUUAGAAAAAGUAAAAUUUUAAUUUCAGAUAUGCCGAAACUUAUUGUUUUGCCAAAGGGACAUACUUUUUACCCAUCCAUGAGAGUAUCGACACAGUAGCCGACAAAGAGAAGCAUGUUAUAGGAUAUUACCAGUGGGUACCCCUUAUCCUGGGACUUCAGGCUUUCCUUUUCUACUUUCCUUCGUUUGUUUGGAAAGCACUAAAUUUUAAUACAGGUAAUAGAACGGAACCUUUGAAGCGAGUUAUCGCUCUUCAAAUCAAUGACUGAUGGAUGACCUUGCAGGUAUUAAUGUAAAGAGUGUUUUGAACAGUGCUGCAUUAGUCAAAAAGAAGUUCGAUAAGGGCACUAGGAAUGUGCAAGUUCAGAAAGCUACACUGCACUUAAUUGAAGCCAUUGAAAUGCAGAGAGAUCUGAAGACAUGUAAGAAUUACUUCUUUAAACUUGCAGUAUAACAAAUUACAGCUACCUUUUUCCUGUCCGUUUUCGGAAAAAGGAAUGGAUUAUAUCUCUCCACGCUGUAUUUGGCCACCAAGUUGUUAUAUGUAAUCAAUAUUGUGGCCCAACUGUUAAUGUUAAAUCAAUUCUUAGGACCGUCUUACACUUUUUGGGGAUGGGGUGUGCUCAGAGAUGUGAUUAAUGGAAGAGAAUGGAGCGAAUCCGGGCAUUUUCCCAGAGUCACUUUAUGUGAUUUCAAUGUAAGCCCCCGUUUAUACAUUUAUCAUCACCUCCUGUUCAGGUACGAAUCUUGGGGAAUAUUCAUCGAUGGACCGUGCAGUGUGUUCUGAUGAUAAACAUGUUCAACGAAAAGAUCUUUGUUUUCAUGUGGUUCUGGUUUAUCUUCGUAGGAGUUCUAUCGGUUCUCAGUUUUAUUUAUUGGUUCUUUGCCAUCAGUCUUCGAAGUCAGAGACGUUCUUUCGUUACCAAAUACCUCCGAUGCACCAAUGCUAUUGGUCAAUAUCCCUCUCGUACUGAACUCAGUCUAGUCAACGAUCUGACCAUUAAAUUUCUGAGAUCCGACGGAGUCUUUUUGCUUAGACUUAUACAGGUAAGAGGAUCAAAAUGAAUACUCACCUUUCUGUUUAGACCAAUGGCGGUGACCUUCUGACAGGAGAGAUUGUCUCCGCUCUUUAUCAGCACUAUCAGGACAAGCAGACGACUAAGGCUAGUCCCAGUCCCGAUUCGCCGCAGAUUUGA